AUGGACAAGGGAGAAACCCCCACCUUCGUUACGUCGCGGAGGCAGGAGGUCAUUGAUCUAACGUUGGGCUCUUUCUCUAUAGCUCACAUGAUCUCAAACUGGAGAGUGUCUGAUGAACCGUCUCUUUCGGAUCACAGGCACAUUCUUUUCCAACUAAACCUGUCAUUCAAUGGUGGGCCCUGUAAGUUUCGGAAUCCCCGAACCACCAACUGGGACUGCUAUGUUGAAAAACUGACAGAACGGUUGGAUAAACCACCUUUGCUCUGCCGGAAAGCAGGGCAGGUGGAAGAGGCGGCGGCAAUGAUAAGCGACGCUAUAACGGCGUCGUUUGAAGACAGCUGCAAGCUGCGAACUGUUCGGGGAAUGAAGAGAACACCUUGGUGGAACUCGGACCUUGAAAAAGUUCGUAAAGAGGUUCGAAGGCUCUUUAACAGGGCCAUGCGUACUAAGUUACCUGCGGACUGGGAGGAUCACAAACUCGCACAGCGCAGAUAUAAAGACCACAUUCGACGGUCUAAACGGGGAUCGUGGAGGACUUUCUGUGGCAACAUGGAAGGGCUUCCCGAAGUUCAAAAACUUCGCUCUGGAGACUAUGUAACUUCGGAACCGCCAGAAGGUGCUACCCGGGUCGGUGCAAGGCCGAUCGACUGGAGAGUAGCUGCCGGGGUUGUUACCAAGGGAUCCCUGAGAUGGGCUAUCAAUACGUUUAGCCCAUUUAAGAGCGCAGGACCUGAUGGGAUAUUUCCGGCUCUUUUGCAAAAGGGCCUGGAACCAUUACUUCUGCACUUGUUGCACCUCUUUAGGGCCUCUGUGGCUUUGGGGUACAUCCCAUAA